UGGUUUCUCCAGUGAAUAACUCGUAAUAGUCAAAGUUAAGAAAAGUGGUUUUAAGCCGGUGUAUGUUCCUGAAAUGAAUUUUUAAACUUUGGUAAGAUGAAGAACGGAAAGGAUUUUAUAUUAUAACAACGUUUAUUUUCACAUUGAUAAUAUUAUUCAUUUGUUUGAUGUUUACUUGAAAACAUAUCUCCCAUUAAACAUCAUUAAUUUGAAAAAUUUGAAACGAAAAUCUUAUAAUACACUUUCUUUUUUAACCGAAUCAUAUCUAAAAAAAAUGCAUACUAUAGAAUAUAUUAAAAUUCUAUUUAAUCAUCAGUUAUGUCUACCCACAUGUUUCUUUGAUAAUGUUAUUGAGUGUGCUUGUUUGUCAUACUCGUUCUGUUUUUAAGUUGUAAAGUCAUUGUAUAUUACCUUCAAAUUUACGAUAUUGAUUGGCAAAUUAAAAAUAUAAAUAACUUAAGGACUGAUCGUGGUAAAGUGCAUACGAUCUUGGCGCAAAUUAUUAUUCACAGAACAAAAAGCAAUUGCAGCUUUAGUUAAAAUAGAAAUUACAUAAUGACAGAGUACAAGCUCGUAGUUGUGGGAGCUGGAGGUGUUGGUAAAUCUGCGCUUACAAUUCAGUUGAUACAAAAUCAUUUUGUAGAUGAAUAUGAUCCCACUAUAGAAGAUUCUUAUAGAAAACAAGUAGUUAUAGAUGGAGAGACAUGUCUUUUAGAUAUAUUAGAUACAGCUGGUCAAGAAGAAUAUAGUGCAAUGAGAGAUCAAUACAUGAGAACCGGAGAAGGAUUUUUAUUAGUAUUUGCUGUAAAUUCAGCAAAAAGUUUUGAAGAUAUUGGAACAUAUAGGGAACAAAUAAAAAGAGUAAAAGAUGCAGAAGAAGUACCAAUGGUUUUAGUAGGAAAUAAAUGUGAUCUUCAACAAUCUUGGGCAGUAAAUAUGACACAAGCAAGAGAAGUUGCCCGUCAAUAUGGUGUGCCUUUUGUUGAAACUUCGGCUAAAACGAGAAUGGGAGUAGAUGAUGCUUUUUAUACACUGGUGAGAGAAAUACGGAAAGACAAAGAACAUAGAGGUAAAGAAAAAAAGAAACGUAUGAAGACAGGUAACGCGAACCGUAGGAAACAUCGAUGCUGUUUGCUUUAAGUCAUUGAAUCAUGUUAAUUCCCUCAUUCGAUACAUUAAUAUGGAAAUAGAUUGUAAAGAAAUAUUAGAUUAUGUUCACUUUACGCACAUUUUUUGCAGCUUCCUCUAGAAUAUUGUAAUAUUACAAGCACAAUUUUUUCUAUACAUUGGGAGGGAAAAAAGAACAAAAUAUAUAAUAGUAUUGUAUUAUAUCACAUACAUUUUUAUUCUUGAAGUUAAAUUUCAUAAAAUACAUUAUUUGUUCAACAGUCUGCCAUAUAACUCUUAAUAUUCCAUUAGCAAAAAAAAAUUUUAACCCUUGAUUGCUUAAAAUAGUCAGUAUCAAAAAAAAUGUUUUUAAGUCAUUCAUAUUUUAUUAUUAAAUUUGCAAAAGUAUUAUUCAAUGAAAGAAUUCUGUAGUUUUAAGUAUUGUGAAUGUAAAGAAUAUAUAAUUCAUCAAAUUUAAGAUCAUAUACAUUUUUUACAUGUUUUAUUCAGUCUAGUUCAUAAUUUUAAAUAUAUAUUUAAUUCAUUGAUUAAAUAUAUUUUUAAUUUUUAUUUCUACAUUUUAGAAUGCAUAAUAAAAAAUUCCAUUUUUCUAAAAAAAAUAUAUAUAUAUAAGAUAAAUAUAUAUAUAUAUAUAUAUAAGCCAUAAAACACAAGAAAAUAAACCUGGAUAACUCAUUUUGUGCUGUGAUUAAGUAUUCUUAAGCAUGCCAUGCUAGUUAGAUAUUAUUGUAAUUAAGUAUGCAAUUUUUACAUAAAAUGCCUAUUUAUCAUUUUAAGAGUAUAUAGUUUUGUUUGUAUUUUUUUUUCUCUUUAAUCGCAUACUGAAGAUUCUUGUAGAAAAUAAUACAAAUUGUUAAUUUUUAUAACUUUUUUAUACAUUUAUAGUAGAGAAAUAUUGGUAGGAAUGAAGUUACAUAUUGUGAUUAUUGUACAAUUGUAAGUGUCAUUUCUACUAAUCAUUAUUAUUUCAAUUAAAAAUACAUAAAGACUAUAUAAUUUAAGGAUUAUAUCAAGCACAAUAAAAUGAAAGUUUAAAUUGAUAUUAAAAUGUCUGUCAUCAUCUUUAUGCAGUAAUUAAGAGAUACCAUAUUUUUUUAUCGCACUUUUAUAUCUCCUCAUCUUGCCGUUUUUAUGUCAUUUUCUUAAAUCAUAAUUAUAUUACGAAAAGUAUAUAAUUUUAAGACAUUUUGAAUAUCAAUAAUAAACUUUUAUUGUAAUUAUGAACAUUUUAAUAUUUGUUCAGACAAUAACAUCAUCUUAUUUAAACGAGACAUGAAUCUAUAAUAUAAGAAUUAAUUUUUUCAAUAAAAUCUAUUAAUGAAAUAUUUAAGAUUCAAUUUAUAUAAUCAUGUCUCGAGUCUGACUGAACUUCAACAAUCAAGGGUUAAAUACUUUAUUAAAUGAUCUAAAUAGUACAAUUUGCAAAUAUUCUUAUAUACAUAACAUAUAUGUAAACGCGUAAAUUUGUAAUAUUAGCUUUUUCAGAUAUUGAAUAUGUGUAUAUAUAAAAUUGCACAGCAUAGGUGUUAUUAUGUAGUUCAAAUUCAUAAUAAAAUCUUGUACAAAAAAUAUUCUUUAUAUUCAUUCUAUCUCGAAUGAUUAUUUUUAAACAUCAAUUUUAAGUCAUCUAUGCUGUUUGGUUUUAUAAUAUUCAAAGAACAAUUGACAAAUUGUUGUUUCAUUAGUUUCAUUUUAAAAUAUUUCAUAUAUAACGGUACUAAAGUAUUGAAGAAUUACAUUUUUAAAUCAAAAUUCACUAAAUUUGAUCAUUUUCUAUAUGAUAUACUAUUAUAUAUCUAUGUACUAUGUACUAAUUUACUAUCACAAUUUUAUGGGCGCGUAUUAAAAAACUUAAGCCUGUAAAUUCAUUAUUCAAUAUUUUUUUAUUAUUUUAUUCAAAAUACAUCAUUUAAUAAAAACUUAUUAUACAAGCAUACACAAUAAGUACAAAUUAUAAAGCAAUGUUUUUUUUUUCUUUUUUUUUUUUCUUUUUUUUUUUUCUUUUCUUUUAUUCAAUACAUAUUCUAAAAUAUAUUCAUUCAUAAUAACCGCAUAUAUCAAUAGGUAAGAAUGUAAAUGUAAAAAAAUAAUUGAACUGCAAUGUUCAUGGAUUCGUUCACGUUAAUGUCAGGAACAGAAAAUAAAUUUAUAACGGUUUGACAUGUUUUAUCCAUUAUUUAAAAUAGCCUUAUUCAAAAAUAUAUACUUCAUAUAUAUAAUCGUAACAUAGUACCACCAUUAUAUACAUUAGUCAAAUAUAAAAAAACACAUUUUAAUGUGUCAAAUGUUAUUGUGCGUAUACAUCUUAGUUUUUUAUCUUGAUAUUUAAUAUAUAUUUUUGUUAACAGAUUUUCUAAGAAUUUUUGUAUUAACUGACUAGGACCUUAAAUUUAAUACAAUAUUCGUCAUUUAAUGGCAUGAUAAAACUAUUGCAACGAUACAAGUGUAAUAAUUAAUUUAUAAAAUAAUUAAAAUUAAUAAAUCAUUUAUACGUAUAAAAAA